AUGUCGGCUGACGAGAACGCAAUGCACGUCCGAGUCGCUGAGCCGAGGAUCACUUUUCUGCCUGAGACCGAAGCAUCGAAGAUUGUGACACACGAUCUUUGUCAUAAUGAUUUGCUCUCUGUGUACAACUAUGUGUCCCGGGAAUACCUGAUAAGUGGCAUCGCCAUCACACAGUCAUAUUGCACGCGUCUUCUUCUCCGUUGCCCUGCAGAUCCCGCCAGAUUCUCCGGUCUUGUCAUCGAGGAACCAUCCCACCUUUGGGGCGGGACAACAAUCUGGCGUCUAAUCAAUCGAUGGCUGAUGCGUAAUGGACACGCCUGGUUGGAAGUUGACUCACAGGCUCCCGCAGCGAUUGAUCAGAUCAAAAACGUUGAUCCUGAGCGGUACAAGCAAAUGCACUUUAUCCCAGGUCCGAGAUUGGAGGACUUCAUCAGCGAAAUCCCCGCCUAUGAGACCACCGAACGGCUCUGGGACAAUUACAAGGGUUUCAAAGAUAGAUGGUGGUCCGCAACCGUGCAGUCUCUUGAGAUCCUCACUGCCGCGUCGCAUGCCGUGAGAGCGGGUCGGAUGGGUAUCAGGGCAGAUCGCGUCGUGCUGUGUGGUCUUUGUCAGACUGCAGAUUUGACGAGGAAGUUCAUCCUCGAGGCUCCUCAUCUGCGACUACCGAAUGGAUACGCCCCUUUCGAGGGAUUCAUGCCAUGUCAAUCUGAGGGCGGCGAAGCACUCCCAGACUUGGCCGAAUCAAAAAUCAUUGAGAUCAUAGGUGAGCUUGAAAUCAAUUCUAUAAAGGCACUCUAUUGGUCGAAUGGAAUGGUGGAAGAGCUACCCCAUCGCCGUCCUGAUUCCAACUCUUUUCGACUCUACGAAGUUGCCGGCAUGUCUCAUCGCGAGACUCGAUACCUCUCCGUGGCAGAAAGGAAACGCUUGUCAACCCUUGACCUCGGAACUGCCCAGUGGAGCACUUUUACCAACUCUUUCGUCUUCCACGCUAUCUUCGAUGCUAUGGAUAAGUGGAUCAAGACUGGCGCUGCGCCUCCACGAGGUGCCAGACUUGAAGUAAACAGAAACUGGGAGAUUGAGCGGGAUGAACAUGGCAAUGCGCUUGCUGGAGUCCGCACUGUUCACACCGACGUCCCGACUUCCAGACUGAUUGACUUUUCUCCUAAGCCACGUCCGCACUGGCAGACUGGCAGUGAAGUGCCUUUCACUGAUGUCCAAAUGUGGGCUCUCUACAAGUCAGUUGAGAAUUAUCGACGACAGGCGGGAGAAGCUGUGGAACGACAGAUUCAAGCGGGUUUCUUGUUGCCUGAAGAUGCCGAGGUCCUGCGUCGUGAUACUAUUGAGCAAGUCUCUGUUUAG